CGCCCCGGUUAGUGUGAAAAAUGCUGCUGCUGGGACGAGUUCUGCGAUCGGGUUCACUGCGUCAGCUUCGCUUCCUGAGCGGCAAGGCCCAAGGGGAUGUCCUGCCCCAGAGCUGCGAUGUCUUGAUUAUCGGUGGCGGCGGCAUGGGCGCCUCUUCCGCUUUCUGGCUGAAAUCACGGACGCUGCAGCUUGGAAAGAAGCUCAAUGUGCUGGUGGUGGAGCGGGAUUCUGGCUACACCAGCGCCUCCACCGUGCUCUCCGUGGGCGGGGUUCGCCAGCAGUUCUCCCUGGCCGAGAACAUCGAGAUGUCGCUCUUCGGCUACAACUUCGUAGUGAACGGAGAGAAGCACCUGGGAGACGUGGAUCUCUGCUACCAGCCGAACGGCUACCUGAUCCUGGCCUCCUCCAAGGGAGCAGAAUGUCUGACACAGAACUCCAAGUUGCAAAACGAGUUGGGUGCCCGCAAUGAGCUGCUUGGUCAUGAGGCACUGCGACGCAGAUUUCCCUGGCUGUCCACGGAAGACGUGGAGCUGGGAUGCCACGGGAUAGACAAGGAGGGAUGGUUUGACCCGUGGGCCCUGCUGAUGGGCUACAAGAAGAAGGCUCGUGCUCUGGGCGCAAAUUUCGCUAAUGGUUCGGUGGUGGGUUUCGAGUGGAGCGAAUCGGGAGCUCUUUCAGGAGCAGUGGUGGAUGCCGGAGACGGAGUACAGCGCACGGUGAAGUUUGACACCUGCGUCCUGGCAGCAGGAGCCUAUUCGGGUCAGGUGGCUCGUCUGGCAGGCAUAGGGGAUCCGGAUGCCAAGGAGAGUUCACUGACCGUAGCUCUGCCGGUGGAGCCCCGCAAGCGAUACGUCUAUGUGUACAGCACUCAGGGCCGGAACUGUCCGGGCGUGGCCACGCCUCUGACUGUAGAUCCGGAUGGCACCUACUUCCGGCGCGAUGGUCUCUGUGGAAAUUUCCUUUGUGGCCGUAGCCCCAGCGAAGACGAGGAGCCAGAGUGCGAAACGCUGGACGUGGACCAUGGCUACUUUGAAUCGGAUGUCUGGCCCACUCUGGCGAACCGAGUGCCUGCCUUCGAGUCGGUCAAGAUCCAGAGUAGCUGGGCGGGCUACUACGACCACAACACAUUCGACGCGAACGGCAUUAUUGGCAGACAUCCUCACUACAGCAAUCUCUUCAUAGCGGCCGGGUUCAGUGGUCAUGGCAUCCAGCAGACUCCGGCCGUAGGUCGAGCCAUCUCCGAACUAAUCCUGGAUGGCAAAUUCACCACAUUGGAUCUCUCUCGCCUUGGCUUCGAACGGCUGGUGAAGAAAGAGCCCAUGCUUGAGGUGAACAUCGUUUGAUUAAAGCCUCACAGGCUGUAAGGAAGGCAUCCUUGUUGUGUGUAUGUACUUCUUUUAUUGCAAUUUCUGUUGUGUAUAUAGUAAUUUUGUAUAGUAAAGUUCACGUUUAGUCACGUA